GCUGUCAUUUUAUUUUCCUUUGUCAGUUCGCCCAGAUUGACCUGAAGGAGCUCUAAACCAAUAUAAGAAUACAUUUCGUUGGAUCAUUUACUUACUGCAUAAUUAACUCAAUAUUAAAUAAUCGUUGUGCAGUUGUUAGUACAUUUUUCUAAAUGCGGAAAUAAUUGAAAACUUAAUUUUGCACGGGCUCGACUGAAAAUUGCCAUUGAGUUCAUCGCUGUCAUUAAAUUAAUAAAAGAUGGAAGCGAUAAAGAACAUUUCGCUUGGUAUAAUUUACGGCCUUUGGGAUAGUAUAAGAGGUAUAGGGUUGUUAUGGCAUAUAGAUGCAGAGAUAAAUAGAAUAAACGAGGAAAAGGAAGCUGAAAGGCGACGACGGAAACGAGAAAGGGAACAGCGUCGUAACCCAUCACCGACACCUUCUUCAGCAGCUGCAAUGGCGAGAGAAGAACUUAAGGAGUUAAUUCAGCAAAGGGAUAUUCCGGACGAAAGGAGUAUCAGCAGCGUAUUUAAACGUUCAGACAACAAUGAAUUGACUACUAAAAAACCAGAAAAGCGGAUCGCUAAACAAGUUUUAAAAUGUUGCCUAUUGAAUGGUGGUUUUGCUUGGCUUAGUAUCGUUUUAUUCGAUCAAUGUGUUCUGCCAAUUGUCAAGUUCGCAAUAAGUUUGUUUUUCAGCGACGAUCCAUCCUAUUUUACAUAUUUAUGGAGUUACUUACAACCCGUUUUAUCAGUAAUUUUUGGUAUGACGUGGUUAUUACCCAUAUUUUUACUUAGUAAGUUUGUAAGCUCCUUGUGGUUUGCGGAGAUCGCAAAUUCCGCCUAUCGUAUACGGAAGGGAAAGCCACAGCUAAUACCAAAUUUUAGCAAGUUAUUAGCAGAUUUUCUAUUUAAUUUCUUGGUACAAGUUUUGUUUCUCAUACAAAGUAUGCUCGUCAAUUUAUUACCCAUACCGUAUAUAGGUGAAAUUCUAUGUUUUAUACAUUUGAGUUUACUCUAUUCGUUAUAUUGUUUCGAAUACAAAUGGUUCAACAUGGGUUGGGAACUACACCGUCGAUUGAAUUAUAUCGAAAAUAACUGGCCAUAUUUCCUUGGUUUUGGAAUACCUUUAACCGUACUAACCAACAUGACCAAUUCAAUUAUUGUGAGCAGCUGCAUAUUUUCUAUAUUUUUUCCACUAUUCAUCUUGAGUGGCAAUGAAGCAAUACCUAUUGUCGAUGCAGCUAAUUUUUCAAUGCGGCUUUUUUCACCCGUGAUAUUUACAUCUAAUUUGAUAUUCACACGUGGAGGUCCCCCCAAACUGAAUGCCGAUAAAUUAGUACAACAGAAAAAGCAACUACUAAUACAGCAAGGAAAACAAUUAGAAGAGCACAAUUUGAUUCAGCAACAUAUAGAAAAUGAAUAUUUAGGGCGUAGUCGCAGUCGCCAAACUGAUGAAAUGCCAGAUGAAUCUUACAAUUUACAACGCCAACAUUCAUCACGAAACUCGCAUUCACCGUCGGCAAGCUCAAGCCAACAUCGUUACCAACAGCCACCAAACCAACCUCGAGUACCAUCAGCAAUGCGCACUUUAAAUGCUUUUCCUGAACGCGCUCCGUUUGCGAAUACAGUACCAACAAUUACACCUACACAUAUUUUGCCAAGAGCCGCAUCGUCUACAAGCUCAUCUCAACAUUCAACACAAACAGUUCGUCGCAGGUAGACGAACACUUGUAGAGAAAAAUUAAAAUCAAAAAUUAAGCCGCACAGCUGUCGACUACAAAACGAAACUGACUUGAAAGUAUCGGCUGUUGAAGACAAACAACUGAAUUAUAUCCAAAUGGACUUUAAAGUGUGAUCAAUAUCUUUUAGUUUCGUUUUAUGUAUAUUCAUACAUAAGCUUAAGAUAAGAAACGCUUUAUGUGCUUGUUUCGCUAAUACAAGUAAUUUUCCCUUAUAACACUUAUGACAAUUACAUACAUUUGUAUUUUUAGAAGCUGAUUUUUAUUUACAUAUUUAGUAAGCAUAUCGCAUAUUAGGUAUAAAAUUCUCAAUAUAUGUAGUAAUGUAAUGAAUCGGACAAUUUUUUUUACUGUUGUACGUUUUAUAUGUACAUAUACGUAUAAAUAUACAUAAAUAUACACGUGAGAUAAACGAUUUAAAUAAAUUUCUUUCAAAGUAACUUUUAUA